CAAGGAGUGAAAGCUGAAGUGCUCACAACAAUCACUGUAGUUCUAAUGGGAAAGGGACCUGAAAAUCACUCUGUCUGGAUUUUUUUAAGAGCAACUGCUUAAUUGUUGAUAUUACAAACUGUGGAUGCUAGAGGAAGGAAGACUCUCUGAAAACAUUGCCACCAUGGCAGGGCAAGUAAUAAUUAUCCUAUUUACUUUUUAUUCAUUGUUUUUUGCUAGUCAACUGCGCUAUUCUGUGUUAGAAGAAGUAAGACACAAUACUGUAUUAGGCAACAUUGCAAAGGAUCUGGGCCUGGAUACUCAAGAUCUGGAGGUGAGAAAACUAAGGAUUGUCUCUCAUAAUAAAAAGCACAACUUUUUUAGUGCUAGUUUAGAUGGUAAUAUUUAUGUUAUUGAUAGAAUAGAUAGGGAAGACAUUUGUGGAUCAGAGCAAGUCUGUUUACUUGAUCUUGAGAUUAUUAUUGAAAAUCCAGUGAAUAUAUUUCCAGUUACUGUGGAAGUUCUAGAUAUAAAUGAUAAUGCCCCAGCAUUUUCUAAGGCUAUUUUUGAGAUAGAAAUAAGUGAAUCAGCUUCUGCAGGAGCACAUUUUGUUCUAGGAAAUGCAAUUGAUCCAGACCUAGGUGUCAAUUCAUUACAAAGUUAUACCCUUAACCCUAAUCCACACUUUACAUUGGGAGAAAAAAUUGACAGUGAAGGGACAAACCAUCCAGAACUCAUUCUGGAACAACCUUUAGAUCGUGAAAAACUUGAUGAAUUUACCUUGAUCCUAACUGCAUCUGAUGGGGGAAAACCUAAGAAAACCGGAACUGCUGUUAUUAAAAUUGAGGUACAGGACGUGAAUGAUAACUAUCCAGUAUUCAGCCAGGACACUUACCGAAUCAGCUUAAAAGAAGAUAUGCCAAUUGGUUCUGUAGUUUUUCAUCUUAAUGCCAGUGAUGAAGAUGAUGGUUCCAAUGCAGAUAUCACUUAUUCCUUUAGUUACAUUCCAGAAAAUGCACAUCAGAUUUUCACUUUAGAUUCUAAAACUGGAAUCAUAAAAACAAAAGCAGAUUUAGAUUAUGAAAGUAUGCCAAACUACAAAAUGAGUGUGGAAGCCAAAGAUGGUGGUGGCUUAGUUGCAAAAUGUAAUAUAGUAAUGCGGAUCGUGGAUGUCAAUGACAAUGCACCUGAAAUUGUGAUAGCAUCACUAUCUACACCAAUUCCAGAGGAUUCUUUUCCGGGGACACUGGUGGCUUUAAUUAAUGUAAAAGAUUUGGACUCAGGAAAAAAUGGCGAGGUCUCUUGCCAUCUAACAGAAAAUGUUCCUUUAAAGUUACAGUCAUCUAAUAAUUAUUACAAAAUUGUCACUACAGAAAACUUGGACAGAGAGAAAAAUUCAAGUUACAAUAUAACACUUUUAGCUGAAGAUGAAGGUUCUCCUCCAAUGGUAACCCAGUCAACUAUCUACAUACAUAUUUUAGAUGUGAAUGAUAAUAUGCCAGUCUUCAAUAAACCAGUGUAUAUUUCCUACAUUCCAGAACAAACACCUGCUGGAACUUCAGUUCUUAAUGUUCAUGCUUCAGAUCUAGAUAAUAUUGAGAAUGCACGGGUCAUUUAUUCUAUCAUUAACACAAAUAUUGAUAACAUUCCAGUAUCUUCAUAUGUUUCCAUAAACUCAAUGACUGGAGUUAUUUAUGCCCAGAGAUCAUUUGAUUAUGAACAGUUACAAGAAUUCCAGUUUCAAGUGAUGGGUAAGGACAAUGGGACUCCUUCUCUGAGCAGUAAUGUUACAGUAAAGAUUUGUAUAUUAGAUAAGAAUGAUAAUAUUCCUAAAAUUUUAUACCCAUCAUCAGAUACUGAUGAAUCAGCAUUAUUUGAAUUUAUUCCUCACACUGCUGAGAAAGGUUAUUUAGUGACCAAAGUGAUUGCAGUAGAUGCUGACUCUGGACACAAUGCCUGGCUCUCUUACCAUUUGCUACAAGUUCCUGAACCAUCAUUAUUUACCAUUGGCCUACAUACCGGUGAAAUUAAGAUUGGAAAGGACCUUCAGGUUAUUGACUCUUUAAGACAAAAGAUUGUGGUUCUGGUGAAGGAUAAUGGGGUCCCAUCCUUAUCAGCUACUGCCACUUUGAAUUUACUUGUGGCCAAAAACUUUCAACAAGUUGUACCAGAGAUAAAGCAACAGCCAGCUAAUUCAGACACAUCAUCUAAUGUAACUUUCUACCUUGUUAUCGCUAUAACUUUUAUAUCAAUUUUAUUCAUUGUGAUAGUAUUGGCUGUUGUCAUUUUCAAGUGUAGAAAGAGCAGCUCCCCUACUUCUCUUGGAACUUUUGGAAGAAAUAUGUAUCCUCAGUUCACAUUGGGAUGUCCCUCUGAAAUCAGUGAUACAAGUUUACCCUUUCCAUUCUCGUAUGAUGUCUGUGUGACUCUUGACUCAAAGCAGAAUGAAAUUGCAUUCCUCAAACCUGUCCAGAAUGUCCCCACAGAAAAUUUAAUUGACACAGAUGACUUACAUUCUGAGAACAUUGCACAGCAGCUGCUAAAAGACAAGUUUCAGCAAACUGUCAUUUAG